AUGGAUAUUCCUUAUCAAAUAAUUCCUUAUUGUAUACGUUCAUUGAAUUUUUCAAACAAUUCACUGAUCAAUAACGAAACACAUAUUAUUCAUGGAACAUCAAUUACGUUUGAAACAUUGCAACAAAAUAAUAUAACAAGUGAAAAAUUAUAUUUAUCAUUUGCACCUAUUGAUGUUGUCGAAAGAUAUCAAGCUUUUCUCGAAAAUCCACAUUUGUCUUCAUCGAUGCAAAUAUUUUAUAAUUGUUCGAUACCAUGGUUUGGUGAAUUUUGUCAAUAUACAUUUAAUUCGACAUUAACAUUUAAAGAACUUGUAUCAUCUUUUAGUUCAGCUUAUUCACAUAAUUAUCUAUUUCAACGUGGACCAUGUUAUACAUUCUUAAAAUGUGAUCGAGGUUCAGCACCACCUUGUCUCGACUGGAGAGAAAUAUGCGAUGGUAAGAUCGAUUGUUUGGAUGGAGGUAACGAUGAAUUUGGUUGUGAAGAAUUAAUUACAAACGAAUGCAAGGAGGAUGAAUUUCGCUGUAGUAAUGGAUUUUGCAUUCCAAAAGAAUUUUUUAGCGAUGAGACGUUCGGUCCAGAUUGUAUGGACAGUUCAGAUGAAAUAAGUUCAGGCGCUGACGCAAAUAAUGAUUACCAACGUUGCGAACUGGAUCCAUCAUUCAGGUGUGAAGAGAGAACAUGUCGAAAUGAACGAUGGAUUCCAUGUGCUAAUGGUGAUUGUAGUGUAAAAGCAUGUACUAACAAUCGUCAUCUUCUAUUAUUACAAGCAAAAUUAUCUCGGAAUGCGAAUUCUCAUUUAUCUUUUGAUUGUUGGAUAAGUAUGAUUUGUUUGAGCGUUUAUUUUGAUAAUCGUUUUGAUCUUGUCGAUGAAAUGAAAUGUAGAGAAAAGAAUAUUAGUGAAAGUCUUUUUCGACAAAAUUGUCCAACAUUUUUCUUCUUUCCUGCUCAAUCAAUUAUAUUGAAUCAUGUACGCUUUGCCUAUGAAAAGAAUUUCACAAAUAAAUAUCGAUAUAAUCUCCUUUUGCCUCAUUAUGUAUGUUACGAUCAACAAUUAUGUGAAUGGCUUCCGGCUACUAUUUUGAAAAAUAAUUUAACUUGUCGAACUUUAUCUGAAUUGAACUUAGAUAAAGAAUUGAAAUUACCGGAAUCUUUGGAAUAUAUUAUAUUGAAUUUUUUUCUCAAAUGUUCAACUAUAGUGAAUACAUAUGAUCAGUGUCCGAAAUCAAAACCAUUUCGAUGUGCAAAUUCGUCAAAAUGUCUUUCCUUAAGUCGAAUUCUCGAUGGUAUUCCUGAUUGCUUCCUAGGAGAUGAUGAAAACAUUACAGAUAGCUGCGGCUAUGAUGAACUUCAUUAUUGUCCAUCACAGUCAAUUUCAUCUCAUCGACAAUACCGUUGUUUCAAUGAAACGAAAUGCAUUAAUACUCGGAACGUAUGUGAUUCACAAACAGACUGUAUAUCGGGCGACGACGAAAAUCAAUGGUGUACACAACUCAUAAAUUGGCCAGAUUGGAUGAAGAAAUUUUCUCCUUCUGUACCAUCAGACACUUUCGAUCUUAAUUUAUAUCUGUUACACUUAGGAGAAAGUUCAAAUAAAUUAAAAAUGGUAUAUUUUACACUGAAAAAUCAUCGAAAUUAUCCUGAUAUUGAUGGUAUCAACAACGAAGACAAUUCCAUUGUGACAACAUCUGUCGACAGUGUUCCUUCUGAUAAAUUCACUGUUAAUUGGGAUCAACUGGCCAAUUAUAAUCUAAAGGCAUUUUGUAAUCGUGGAUUUCCAGUCUAUGUCCAUAAUUUAAAAGAACACUAUUGUCUAUGUCCACCAGCCUAUUUUGGAUAUCAAUGUGAAUAUCAAAGUCAACGUGUUAGUCUUACACUACGGUUUCGAACAGCUGAAUUGCGAACAAUGUUCACUUUUGUUAUGAUGCUUAUGGAUGAAAAUGCAAAUAUACAUUCUUCAGAACAAAUUGACUACAUUUCAAUACGUAAUUGUCGAAAAAAAUACAAUUUCUAUCUUCUCUAUUCAACACGACCUAAAAAUUUCAAUCAUACAUAUUAUGUUCGUAUUGAUGUCUACGAUCGCUUAAAAAUGAAAUAUUAUAUUAGUAUGUACUAUCCUAUUCGAUAUUCAUUUUUACCAGUUUAUCGUCUUGUACUACGACUAGAUAUUCCUAUGCGAGAAGUUAUAACUAUAUCAAAUAAUUGUCCAUUGAAAUGUUUACAUGGACAAUGUAGAUAUUUUUUGAAUUCGGAUAAAUAUUUUUGUCAAUGUGUUAAUGGCUAUUCUGGAAUGUUAUGUACAAUUAAGAAUUCUUGUAAUUGUUCAUCAGAUUCGAUCUGUAUUGGAGUUGUUCAAAAUCGAUCGAUAUGUAUUUGUCCUCAUGGUAAAUUUGGACCACGUUGUUAUUUGAAAAGUACAGUAUGCAUCUCGAAUCCUUGUUUGAAUAAUGGUCGAUGUAUUAUUGGUGAUGAAAAAUUUUCUAAAACUGAAUACUAUUGUCUUUGUCCAGAAGGUUUCAUGGGUGUUCUAUGUGAAAUUAACCAGACUAAAAUCGAAUUUAUUUUUGAAAAAUCAAUACCUGUUCCACAAUCAAUUCUUAUUCAUUUUUUCUAUGUUUCAUCAAUACCUUAUCAACCUGCAUAUCUACAUCUUGCUGAUCCAAUACGAACAACUUUGAUAUCAAAAAUUAAAUCCUAUGAGCAUUCUACUUUCAUUUAUUAUGGAGGAACAUUUCAUAUGAUAUUUGUCGAAUUCAAUGAACAUCGUUAUCUUGCUUUCCUUCAACAGAAUUCUACAUUGGCAAUGAAUAUUUCAAUAACAAUUAUUCCUCAACAUCAAUGUGCAUCAAUUAAAGAAUUGCUCGAUGAUCAUAUUCAAACCUUACCACGAUGGCAUCGAGCCAAAUAUUAUCAUGUUCCAUGUCAAAAACAUUCAAAUCUUGUCUGUUUCUAUGAUAACGAUUAUUUUAUGUGUCUAUGUGAUAUUGAUCGACAUGCAAAUUGUUUCAAAUUCGACUACAAACCUGUUUAUAAUUAUUUAGGAUCGAAUUUUUGUACAAAUGAUGGUCAAUACUAUCUAGAUAAUAAUACUUGUCCAACAUCAUCAUCAUGUUUUUGUAAAGACUGUUAUUAUGGUAGUCGAUGUCAAUUUACAACGAAAGGAUUCGGUCUAUCACUCGAUGAUAUUCUUGGUUAUAGUAUUUGGCCUAAUUUUUCUUUUUCGAAACAACCAAUCAUAGUGAAGCUGUGUACAAUUGGAACGAUAUUGAUGUUUUCAAUUGCUAUUGUGAAUAGUAUAUUGUCUAUAGUCACUUUUCAAACAAAAAAGUCACUUAAAAUAGGUUGUGGUAUUUAUCUACUUGGAUCAUCAAUCACAUCUUUGCUUACAAUGACAAUAUUUACUAUAAAAUUUGUUUUACUUCUCAUUUCUCAAAUGUCAAGAAUUACUAAUUAUUCUUUUCUUAAAUCAAAUUGUCUUUGCUUAGAUAUACUCUUGAGAUCAUUUUUGGCUAUCGGAGAUUGGUUAAAUGCUUGUGUGAGUAUUGAACGAACAUUGACCAUUCGACUCGGAAUCAGUUUCAAUAAAGUAAAGAGUAAAGAAAUCGCUAAAAAAAUUGUGUUGGGAAUAUAUUUAUCAGUCUUUGCAAGUUUUAUUUAUGAUCCUAUUUAUCGUCGUUUACUUGAAGAGACAGAAGAACAACGAAUAUGGUGUGUAGUUCAUUAUCCAUCAUCGGUACGAAUUUUUGCCACAUUUAAUAAUGUUUUUCAUUUUAUUGUACCUCUUACUAUCAAUUACAUUUCAACUGUAUCCAUAAUUAUUCUAAUAGCUCAACAAAAAUCGAAGACUCGCAAACAAGAAACCUAUAAACAACAUCUAUGGCAACAAUUUCAUAAACACAAACAUCGAUUAUUGAGCUCAUUUAUUUUAGGUAUCAUUGCUCUACCUCGUCUAGUUAUUUCACUUAUGUCCAAUUGUAUGAAAUCUGCUCGAAAUCCUUGGCUAUAUGUCUGUAGUUAUUUUAUUUCAUUUAUUCCACCAUCAAUUAUAUUCAUACUUUAUGUUCUCCCAUCUGAGUUCUAUCGAAAAGAAUUCAAUAAAGCAACUGUUGGUAUUAGAAAAACGAUUCAAACUCAAUUCCGGUGCAAAUAA